ACGUUCCGCUUGGUUUAAACGUUCUGGAACAGAACUCAGUAGGGUAGGUUUUAGAUCAAGAGCAUGUAGUAUAUCAAUAACUUUCAGCAUACGUAGUUACUCGUAUCAGCAGAAUUCUGCAGUGGUCAGUUCGCUAUGAAAUUCCCGUAAGCGUCCGACAGACAAACUUCCAAUACAGAGCCGGGUACAAGGAGAAGCUACGCGCGCUGCUCGAUGCUCUGUGUGAUGUGUGCGAUGCCCGAAAGAGGGAAAGUGCAGGGGGCGACCAUGACAGUGGUACAAGCCUAUCCGGCGAAUACAGUAUGGACUAUUAUGGUUAUACCCCUCCUAAUAGGAACUAUUGGCCCGGCCCGUGUCCGUGCCAGUUAGCCGACUGCCUGAGCCAUUCAACCGCCCCACCACCCCGCGCCUCUUCCCGCGUAAACACCAACGCCGCCGCCAAGAUCUGCACCAUCCCCAUCGCCAACAAUUCCCUGCAGUAUGCCGCAUCACCGCUUAAUGUACUACCGGCACUUUCCUCCAUGAACCCGGCUAAUCAGGCGCCCGGUUGGAACGCCUUCGGACCGGCCACGCCCCCACCGUAUGACGCCACUCCCAACGAGCAGCGACCGUCCCGAAUAACUUCCGUUGCCGGCACCGCCCAUUCGUAGCGGCUACCCGGGGCGGCAGGUGCCAAUGCGGCUGUCCAUGUACAGAGUACAGCGCACCAUGUACACUGUACAGUCCCAUGUAUUGCGCAGCUUAGUGGAGGCGCUGCGGACGGUCCCCUUUCGGUUAUUCCGGCACCUGUACAUCCUGAUCACGGUGGCGGGCGAGGGCAUGAAGCAGAUCCCCCUGCAGAUCGCCAAGAACAUGCAGGCCCGCCUUCCGCCCUACGUCCGCGAGAUCCCCAUGGAAAUGGCCAAGUCCGUGUCCGAGGCGCUGAACAUCCACUUCAACAGCUUGAGUCAGCAGGUCAAGGACACCGUCGAGCAGGUGCGCCAGCGGCCGGACCUCGGGGAGGCGGAACCAAGAAGAAAAUGUCGGGAUCUGCCAAAAUACUCCGCGCCUGGCAAAUUUUUGAGCCGAGCUACAACUGUGACCAAUCAUAGCUUUCGUUUUGUGCCGACAGCACGAUCAUUUUCGACUUCCGGUUGCAUUUUGCUCUGGAGCAAUCGCACUAGGCCCUUCACCAUCCCCAUCGCCAACAAUUCCCUGCAGUAUGCCACUUCGCCGCUCAACGUCUUGCCGUCGCUAUCCUCCAUGAACCCGGCUAAUCAGGCGCCGGGCUGGAACGCGUUUGGCUCGGCCACGCCACCGCCGUAUGGCGCUGCUCCCAACGACCAAUGGACGCCCGAGCAACGACCGCUGCAGGCACCGCCCCUUCGUAACGGCUACCCCGGAGCGGCCGGAUCUAUCUAUUGGCGAUCAGUGGUUAUUCGUGGUGGUACUGGUGUUUACCUGUUUAUCAGUGGAUUAUAAUCUGUGCAUAACGCGCUUUCUUAUCGCGCAUAGUCGUUCAGUACUGCAUAUGGGCAGUUUUUCCGGUGAUAUAUAAACCGCAAAAUUCCGUAAUAUUUUUUUAAUCAGAAGACUUUUUCUUCAGCAUUUAUUAUCCAUACAAUUUUGAUCUACAGCUAUUAUUUGAUCUAGUACUAAAGCAUUUGAUCUAGCUACAUUUUUUCCUAAAGAGUUGAAAAUGCGUGCUGUUAAAUUUGCGCUCAUGUCCGCCGUCGUUCUGGCUCUGGCCACCUCCACAGCAACCAUCGGUGUUCAGGAAGAACCGGCCGGUUUGGAUGUCAACACCCCUGGCGGCGCGGCUGGGGGUUACGUGAAUCCACUGGAGCUGGAGCACAUGAAAGUUCACUAUGUGUCGGUCCGCGCCAAACGUGAUUUGGGAGGUGUGCUCGAAUUGGCGGCGCAGGCGGGACAAAACUACGCCUGCGAGGAGCGGUGCUCCUGCGGAUGGGGAAGCUGCUGUCCCAGCGGAUAUGACGCCAGCUUCUGCUGCGACAAGGGCUACACCCACGUCUGCUGCAGCGGUUGCUGAGGGAAACAACUACUGACUACCACCAUAUACUCCAUAAUAUACUCGUAUCCGUAUGUAUUCGACGACGGAUGAAAGGCGAUUACCUUUCCAAAGGGCAAAUAUACCGUUUACAUGUUGUUCUUAGUUUACUUGCUUAAUGCAUUAUGCAUGACAUAUUUACUGUAGGAUGGUUCUGAACUACAUAUUCAGUUUUCCAUAAUUACGUAUACCGGUAAUAUCAAUAACACACACAAUAACAAUGUGGUAGUCAGUUUCGCCAUCGAGUUGCCUGCUUAUAUUUUAUUGUUAGUGUGUAGCAGUUGU